AAACAUAGAAAUCAUUGAGUUGUUUUGAGAUCCAGUUUCUCCCCUUUUGUAGUUGGGCAGUGAUGGAUUAGAAUUAGGCUGCAUCAUGCAUUGGGAAAAUAUCCCAGCAUCCUCUUUAUGCAGAGGCAUCAUCUGCCAGUACUGCUGUAGCUGCAGUCCUGUCAACGGAUAUUUCUUGUAAAAUCGGAUGCAGAGGAUUCCUGCUGCUGUGCGAACUUUUGCAUCUAUUCUGUUUCAUAACUAAUAAGAAGCCCACUGGUAACGAGGAAUAAGGAAAUGGGACCUUUUUAGGGUGUUACUGGCUGGGGUUUUUUUCCUGUCUGUGACAGAAAUGAAUCAGCUCUGCGAGAGGCUUAUCUUCAGAUAGCAAUUUGCAGUUAAUCAUCUAGAAGUUGCCUAAUUUAAUUCUGGCUGCAAAAAUGGACCUUAAAUGUUCUUUGGAAGAGUGUUCAAUGGCAUUAAAUUUAUUUCUUAACAAUAAAUUUUCAGAAGCUCUGGAAUUACUUCGACCAUGGUCUAAAGAUAGCAUGUACCAUGCCCUAGGUUAUAGCACUAUAUUAGUUAUUCAAGCAGCAAUGACAUUUGAACAACAAGAUAUCCAAAUGGGACUGUGUACAAUGAAAGAAGCUUUACAAACUUGUCAAAAGUUUAGAAAAAGAAACACAGUGGUGGAAUCAUUAUCCAGUUUGGUUUCAAAACAGUCUGUAGAUCAGCUGAGUGAAGAGGAAAUGCAUGCAGAACUCUGUUAUGCUGAAUGUUUACUGCAGAAAGCAGCCUUGACAUUUGUACAGGAUGAAAAUAUGAUCAAUUUCAUCAAAGGUGGCUUGAAAAUCAGAACAAGUUAUCAAAUAUAUAAGGAAUGCCUUCAGGUUCUGCAGAUGGCCCAAAGCAGCAAAGUCAGGAAUGAAAUAUUCCACCAGUUUGAAGGCGGAGUACAACUAGGAAUAGGAGCUUUCAAUCUGAUGCUGUCCCUUUUACCAGGAAGAAUUCUUCGACUUCUUGAAUUUAUUGGGUUUUCAGGCAAUAGGGAACAUGGUCUCCAUCAGUUACGGGAAGGAGCUUCUGGUCCCAGUUUACGAGCAAUACUGUGCACUUUUACCUUAUUGCUAUAUCACACCUUUGUUUCAUUAAUCCUUGGAACAGGGGAAGCCAAUCUCCUUGAAGCAGAGGCUCUCCUUCAACCUUAUCUUCAGAAGUUCCCAAAGGGUGCCCUCAUUCUGUUUUACGAUGCCAGAAUCAACAUAUUGAAAGGAAAUUUUGAAAAGGCUGAGGUAACAUUCCAGGAUUGCGUUGCAGCUCAGCAAGAGUGGAAACAGAUCCAUCAUCUCUGCUACUGGGAACUGAUGUGGUGUUACUCCUUCCAGCAGAACUGGCUUCAAGCAUAUCGGUAUGCAGAUCUGCUUUGCAAAGAAAGCAGGUGGUCAAAGGCAAUAUAUGUGUUCCAGAAAGCUGCCAUUUUGUGUAUGCUUCCUGAAGCUGAUGUGAAAACAACAGGAGAAGAUAUUGUAGCUUUGUUUCGGCAAGUAGAAGGCCUAAAGCAAAGAAUUGCAGGAAAAUCUAUCCCAACUGAAAAGUUUGCUGUGAGAAAAGCACGACGCUAUGGGACCUCUCCUCCUGUGAAACUAAUAGUGCCUGCUCUGGAAAUGAUGUAUGUCUGGAGUGGGUUUUCAGUUCUUGGAAAGAGAGCUGACUUCACUGAAAAUAUGCUAAUAACUAUUGAAAAAGAAGAAACACUUUUAAAAAAUGAAACCCAUCACACUGAAUAUUACAUGGAUGAUGUAUGUUUGCUACAACUACUAAAAGGAUUGUGUUUGAAGCAUUUAGGAAGACUCUUGCAAGCAGAACUCUGUUUCAGCCAAGUUAUUCAAAGUGAGAAGCAAUUAAAGUAUGAUACCUAUUUAGCUCCAUAUUCAACGUAUGAGUUGGGUCUUCUAUAUAAACAACAGAAUGAAAGAGAAAAAGCUGUAAGAUUUAUAGAAGCUGCAAAAAACAAUUACAAGGAAUAUUCCAUGGAAUCCAGAUUACAUUUCAGAAUCCAUGCAGCACUUAGCAGUAUGAAAGUGACUCCUGCUCCAACACCAUGAUGCCUUCUGAAGUUGAUGUCUAACAUGUCUGUACAAGUUAAUGUUUGAAAGCCUACAAAAAUCAUGUAAAUGAUGUAACAAAAAAUGUAGUUUAUAUUUUCUAUCAUUUGUGAUAAUUGAAUGUCUGCCUCAUCAUUGUGAAUGCUUCUUUUUUCUAUGGUUCACUUCCAUAUUUCUGCUUAACAUUUUAGAGGAAACCUAUUUUAUUUAUAGAAAGAUUAAUGCGUGAAACAAUAGGGGAAUAUUAAAAAUUGCUGGUACAAUAAAGAGUAAUCCAAACAAUUUAUUUUUUUAUGGAAAUACUAAUAUUGUUUAUGUAUGAAACUGUACGAUACAUUUGGUAAUAGUUUCAGCAUUGCAUAAAGGCUUGUAUUUCUGCAAUACCUUUAUUAUGUGAUAGGAUUUAAAAAAUUGGCUGCUGGUAGCCCUAGAUGCUGUAUCUGGAUUUGAAGCUUAGUUUUACAUACCAAAGACCAAAUUACCAUACUGUAGCCAAAAUAAUGCUUCAAGUCAUUUCAUGAAUGUUAGCUUGCAUUCAGUGCAAUAUCCUGACCAAAUCUCUAAAAAUAGUUAGGAAAGGACUUUGAGCUUUCUUUGAUAACCUAGGAGUGUUUUUAAAAUAUAGGAAGAAAAUAUUUCUCAGUGAAAAGGGUUAUAGUAAAGCAAAAACCAAACAAUAGAAAUGUUUCAGUUUUUUGUUCCAUUAUAUCUAUUUAAUUCAGCAACCUUACAAGGAAUUCACUAUAAAAAUAUGCAGCUAAUGUUCUGAAGAUUAUGCCCCCUUAUUAACACUGGAGGUCAGCAGGUUUCAUUCUAUUUUCUUCCAUAUAUUGUAGCAAAAUUCUCAAAUUCCAAUUUCAUAUUUCUUACGGAAUUGGUAUCCGUAAUGUUUAUUUAGCAUAUUAUCUUGAUCAGAUUUUUAAAAAUGUUUUAACUAUGUAAUUAAAUAUUUUUAUUCUCCAUCUUAAUCUCUUAUUAAUGUAUAUGUGUUACUUUGCAGUAAUUUAUGUCAAAGAGCCUGCAGGCAAAUGACCAUGUUUGAGGGCUUAUAAAUGUUACCUGUCCAGGUUUAGUAUUUUCCCAUAGGAAUAAAAAUGUGACUAAUCAAGAAUGUCUAUGUAAUGACCGUAACUGUCUAUGAAAGAUAUUUAUUGGUUUCAUACAUACUACAGUAGUGGCCAAAAUUGUGGAAACCUUUUGGGAAAAGUGUAUUUUCUAAAACUAGCUAAUAACACCACUUUUUUUUUGGAGUAGUACCAUAAAAUUAUAUAUCAAUGGAAAGAUAAUUUAGAAUAGAAUAGAACAGAACAGAACAGAACAGAACAGAACAGAACAGAAUAACAGAGUUGGAAGGGACCUUGGAGGUCUUCUAGUCCAACCCCCUGCCCAGGCAGGAAACCCUACACCACUUUAGACAAAUGGUUAUCCAACAUCUUCUUAAAAAUUUCCAGUGUUGGGGCAUUCACAGCUUCUGCAGGCAAGUUGUUCCACUUAUUAAUUGUUCUAACUGUCAGGAAAUUUCUCCUUAGUUCUAAAUUGCUUCUCUCCUUGAUUAGUUUCCACCCAUUGCUUCUUGUUCUACCCUCAGGUGCUUUGAAGAAUAGUUUGACUCCCUCUUCUUUGUGGCAACCCCUGAGAUAUUGGAACACUGCUAUCAUAUCUCCCCUAGUCCUUCUCUUCAUUAAACUAAACAUACCCAGUUCCUGCAACUGUUCUUCAUAUGUUUUAGCCUUUAAUCCCCUAAUCAUCUUUGUUGCUCUUCUCUGCACUCCUUCUAGAGUCUCAACAUCUUUUUUACAUCGUAGCGACCAAAACUGAAUGCAAUAUUCCAAGUGUGGCCUUACCAAGGUAUUAUAAAGUGGUAUUAACACUUCACGUGAUCUUGAUUAUAUCCUUCUGUUUAUGCAGCCCAGAACUGUGUUGGCUUUUUUGGCAGCUGCUGCACACUGCUUGCUCAUAUCUAAAUGGUUGUCCACUAGGACUCCAAGAUCCCUCUCACAGUUACCACUAUUGAGCAAGGUACCACAUAUACGGUACCUGUGCAUUUUGUUUUUCUUCCCUAAAUGUAGAACCUUGCUUUUUUCACUGUUGAAUUUCAUUUUGUUAGAUAGCACCCAAUGUUCAAGUCUGUCAAGAUCUUUCUGUAUCUUGAGCCUAUCUUCUGAAGUGUUGGCUAAUCCUGUCAGCUUGGUGUCAUCUGCAAAUUUGAUGAGUUCCCCAUCUAUCCCCUCGUCCAAGUCAUUGAUGAAGAUGUUGAAGAGCACUGGGCCUAAAACAGAGCCCUGGGGUACUCCACUGCAUACUUCCUUCCAUGUAGAUGCAGUUCCAUUGAGGACUGUUCAGCCAGUUACGAAUCCAUUGGUGGUUAUGCUGUCUAACCCACAUUUUUCUACUUUAUCUAGCAGUAGGUUAUGGUAUACUUUAUAAAAUGUUUUACUGAAGUCCAAGUAAAUUAUAUCGACAGCAUUCCUCUGGUCCACUGAUUUUGUCACUUUGUCAAAGAAUGCAAUAAGAUUAUUCUGGCAUGAUCUAUUUUUGACAAACCCAUGUUGGCUUUUGGUUACUAAUUUAAUCAAUUAAUCAAGAAUGUAAUGCAAUAAAAGAAGAAAAGUGAAACACAUAGAAAAAAUGAGAUAUACAAAAAUUAUCACAUCAGUUAAUACUUAGUUGGGUAAUCUUUAGCAUGAAUUACGGUCUUACAACGUUUUUCCAUGGAGUGAACCAAGUCUUUUAGUUCUGCAGCUAUUAUAAUAUGAAACCAAGAUUGAAUAAUUGUUUCUAUUAACUGGGUUUUAUUUCUGGGUCGCUUCUGACUAACAAGUUUCUUUAGUUGGCUCCAUAGAUUUUCAAUUGGGUUAAGAUCUGGGCCAUUCCCAGACCGUUCCGGCAGUGGAAUAUGAUUAUCUUGAAACUCCCAAAAAAGUGGUGUUAGCCAUCAAACCUCAAAAAUACAGUUUUCCCGAAACGUUUCCACAAUUUUGGCCACUACUGUAUAGCUGUUUGAGUUUAGUUUUAUUUCUUGUCUUGGUCUUUCUGUAUUUAAAUUAUUUUAUCAGCUGCUAAACAAAUUGAAAAGCUGGGCUUUUAGAGUUUUUUUAAUUGUCAAAACUGAUGGACAUGCACAGAGUCCAUGUUCAUAAGCAGCUAGUAUAGGAACACAAGGAUAAUUUCUUCUAGAUUUUUUAACCUGAGUUCUUAUAUGAAUGGGUUUUUCCCCAAUUGCAAUUCCUCAUUGCAAUUGACAUUUUGCUUUUUUUUUUUUAACUAUACUUUAUUCUGCAAGAUCUUUUCCGCAUCUAUUCUUUUACUCAGUUUUAAACACCUUCCAGUUUGAAGAAAAGCACACUUUCUAUAUAAUUUUCCUACAUGCUUAAACUAGUUAAGAAAAGAACUAAUGGUAAAACCAAUUUAUCUGAGCACAUGUGGCUUUUAUACUUUUAAUCUGUGUGACACAAUGCAUGGUUAAUACAUUAUUUCAACUGAUUACAAAUUUAAGUAUUUAAAAAGAGAUUUAAUUAUUUCUUGCCUAGGGACCUUUCAUACGUAAAAAGUACGUAUGAAACGAUGAAAAGUAUUCUUCAUUUAUCGUAAUAAAUUGCCACUCUUGUGUAUGUUUCUUUGUCCAGAGUUUCCCAUCCAGAACUCUGUGAGUGUCACUAGGUUACUUAUUACAUUCUGUUAGAAAAGAACAUUGUAAAAAUGUAAUCAUUUCUAGAUUUUAAGAACUGAAUGUUAAACAUAGGGAUACAGUUAGGCUUAAAUCUGUUUUCCUCCAAUUUAUAGUUUUGCAUUAAAAUAUUACAACUAUUCUAUGGUUAUAAUCUCUAUAUUAACACUAAUUCUUUUAGUGUUAAUGUUGCUUAGAUAUCCACAUUCUGCAUUGCACGUUUAGUAAGAGCUAAUUGUUUCCACCUUUUGAUAGAACCUUUAGGAAGACAUUACAUAUUUUUAUAUAAGAAGUUACAAAAAGAUUUUGUUUGUGUAAGUUAUAGUGGCAGUGGUUCCCAUUUGACUUGCACUAUUAUCGAAGCCAGGAAAUAAUAUAUUAAAUAGAUUUAGAAAUUUUGCUAAUUGCAGCAAAACAGUCCAGCUUCUAUCAAAUUAAUAAUUCAUGCUCUGGAACUGAUUUUAAUAUUCAUCUACUGUGGAUGUAAUUGACUGCUAUUUUUCUUGUCUUGUUUGCACUGUAUUUUGUAAAGCUGUCUCAAAUUAGUUUUAAAAAUUGAAUAAACUAAAAUGUAAGCUACGUUUACUUGGAAACAAAGCUAUUUUGGUUAAGCAGAGCUUAGUUUUAAGUAAGAACACAUAGAAUUUAAUGUUGAUUGCAGUAUAGCACAAGAAUUGCAGUGGUGUUAUUGAGCAGAAUUUGAAGAGAAAUUAUAUCUAAUCCUUCAUGUGAGUUGUUAAAGUUUUGUUAUCCUGCCUUUCCGUGAUAGGCAACAAAAUAAACAUGUAUUUAAAUAAUUCUACAGAGAUAAGCGUUUCCAUGACAAAAUAGGUUGCACAUUCAAUUGCAAGAAAAUUGCCAAAGUAUUUUUAGGAAUGUGAUGGUAUAUUGAAAUUAUAAAUAAAUAAAAAUUCUCAACAAGAGCUUUCACACA